AUGUCCCAGAAACAGGGAGAGAGGCGAAUGGAAAAUGAGGAAGGAAAAACAAUAGGAGCCGCUUUUAUUGCGCAACGCAAGACAGAGGAGUGGCUCGCGUUCGAAGAGAAUCAGAAAGCAAAAGGCCCGGUGCAGGAAGCAGCGCGUCCACAGCGCUCGCACGUCAUUGAAGGAUCAAUGGAUAGAGAGUCUCGAAGGUGGGAACUCGGUUCUCUACCGCUUGGACAGGACGAUAGCGAUUAUCGGUACAGAAGCUCUAUGGACGGAAACCGGAUGCAGAUGGAUGGACUUGAGCUCAGGGAACGUACGGGAUCACCAGAGGAUGGAGGAGGAGGAGCGCGUUCGGCGCGGUAG